CCGCAGCCACGGCCGGGACGGCAGCUCUCCAGGGGCCCACCUCCUACAUUUCUCUUAUGUCUUAAGCGGGAUGGGACAUAAUGUAAAUAUCAUCCUGCCGACAUAUUUAUUCGGGCCGAAAUGGCUCUACAGAUGAGAGGACGACUCUUCUUUCUAUUGUUUUGCGCAUUCGCGGUAAAAGGGAAUGAUGUUGUAGAAGUAUUCGACGUGCUGUCGACGCUCCGCGAUGAGCUGCCGGCGGGCGUGUCGCGGGUGCCCGGGCGCUGCCAGGGCCCCGCGGCGGCCCCGUACUCCGCCUACCGUCUCAACGAGAACGCCACCAUACUGCAACAAGUCACUGGCAUGUUCUACAACACCUUUCCUGAAGACUUCUCCAUAUUAGCCGUGACCAGGCUACCUGACAGGGAUCAAAACACCCUAUUCUUGCUGUACUCCGACGCGGGUGACGAACAACUCCAGCUGCUGAUCGGCCCCAUGAUCGAGCUGUACUAUGAGGAUACCAGCGGCGACCCACCGGACCAUGAGAUGCUCACGUUUCGUGUAGACAUCGCGGAUGGAAGAUGGCAUCGACUAGGCUUAAGUAUAAAGGGCAACUCGGUUACACUGUUAGUGGACUGCGAAGUUAGGGGCACGGUCGCCCUUCAGCGUCAGCCGGGCAGCACCUUCAACCUGGCGGGCGUACUAGUAGUUGGCACCCAGUACUCCACGGAUCAGUACUAUGACGGUGAUAUUGAGUUACUGCAAUUUACCAACAAGCCAGACUCAGCGUACGAUUUGUGCCAGUCGACUGCACCCAAUUGCCCAAGCGAUGCUCCAUACGUGCACGGCUCUGCGCCCACAAUCAAUACUGUCAGAACAAUCGCUCGAAAUGAUAAUGAAGUACACGAAGAAUCGAUUAAUAACCCAGUUGAGAACACACUGGAUGAGGACGAAUAUGGUCCUAGAGUGUACGGACACUUCGGAAGGGAUAGAUCAGACGAGAGGAACGGUUCAGGGGACGCUUGGACGAGAGGCAGUAGCACACCGACACCUCAUUGGUUGACUGCCUCUCAUGGUUACACUAGGCCGUAUCCUACAUCAACGGAUUCAGAUGAAAACAGUAUUUUUGGGACAUUCACCAAAGAGGUAGACGCCGUUAUUCGUCCGAAUAUUCUCAAUGCGGAAAAGACAGGGCAGCAUCUGGAAGUGACCACGCCGAGGUUAAAGCGGGGAGACGACGAUGGAGCGGAUGUGCUCACGACAGACUCCUCAUACACACCUAUGACGACCACCGAAGACACAGAUUGGCUCACUCAUCCCCCGGAUGUCCAAGGAAACUCUUCCUACUACCUGCCGGAUUACGACUACACUUACAUGGGCCCGCGGGGCUACCCGGGCCCCCCGGGGCCACAAGGGCCAAGGGGGCCGAAGGGGGAACCGGGUAAACCAGGAGCGGAGGGCCAGCAGGGUUUCCCUGGCGCGCCGGGUCACGUUUUUGUUAUACCGUUGCAUCAAUCUGGUAACGAUAAAGGUCCUGAUGCACAGUCGGAAGCUUUGCGCCAAAUGCUCACACAACAUAUGGCAUCCAUGCGAGGCGCUGAUGGCCCUAUGGGCCUCACCGGUCCCCCGGGGCCUGAAGGCGAGUAUGGCGCCGAGGGGCCGAAAGGAGAACAAGGCGAUCAGGGUGAACCGGGGCCACCCGGACCCAGAGGCCUUCAAGGACCACCAGGCAGACCCGGCCGCCGCGGGCACGCGGGCAGGGACGGAGAGAGAGGAUCCACGGGCGCGACGGGCGCUAAAGGCGAGCCCGGGUAUCCGGGGCUAAUGGGACUGCCAGGGGACAAAGGAGAACGAGGCGCCCCGGGUCAGCAGGGCGAACCGGGAGCGCCGGGACAAGAGGGGCCGCCCGGAGACGAUGGACCAGCGGGACCACCUGGCUUAAGUGGAGAAAUUGGUCCCAGAGGCUUAAUGGGUAUAAGAGGUUUUCCCGGAUUGAUCGGUUAUCCCGGGAUUCCAGGGAUAGAAGGACCGCAAGGCCUGAAAGGCUCCGCCGGCCAACCCGGACCUCCCGGUCAACAAGGUCAGCCAGGCCCCAUGGGAGCUACGGGGUCUCCUGGACCCCAAGGACCUACUGGAGCUCCGGGGAUACAGGGUGCACAAGGAAAACCUGGUAUUUCCGGCCUCCCGGGACCUGAAGGGUCGCCAGGUACGCCCGGCAACCCAGGGCAGCAGGGUCCUCAAGGAGAACAAGGACCGCAAGGACCACAGGGCAUGUUAGGUUUUCCGGGCAGUCGAGGUUUAAAAGGAGACGACGGUCCGCGUGGACCACCUGGAGAUAAGGGUGAUAAAGGAGUUAGAGGUUUGGAAGGAGAAAAGGGAGAUAUAGGUCCAAAGGGAGAAAGAGGGUUUAUCGGAGAACCAGGACCACCGGGCAUUGAAGGCGUUGAGGGCCAAAAGGGUAUGGAAGGCCCAAGAGGAGAAACUGGUUCCAUUGGUCCAACCGGUGAGAAAGGUGCCACCGGGACUCUGGGCCCAACGGGAUAUCCCGGUCCCCAGGGUGAAAAGGGCGACAAGGGGGCUUCUGGAAGACGAGGCCGUCGAGGGGCCAAAGGUGUCAUGGGUAUGGUGGGAAACGCAGGCGAUCGUGGUGAGAGCGGACCUAGAGGAUAUCGUGGUCCACGAGGCCGACGCGGUUCCGACGGUCCACCAGGGUCGAAGGGUGACACUGGCCAGCCGGGUCCCCCGGGCCCCAUAGGCGAACGGGGUCCUCAGGGGCUGGAUGGCGUCCGCGGUUUCCCUGGUGCGAUCGGGCCCCCCGGCGUGGACGGCAAGCCUGGGCUCUUGGGGCCUCCAGGAGAACGCGGUCCAACGGGGGAUCCAGGCCCGUCGGGACCACCAGGUCCCGUAGGCCCCGUAGGGCCGCAAGGAUCCGUUGGUGAGCCAGGCCCUCCGGGGCCACAAGGAUCGUCAGGCAUACCUGGAACUCCCGGUGAAGUCGGCACCCCAGGUGACAUGGGCAAAGAUGGACCACCAGGCCCACCCGGACCCGAAGGGAAGGCGGGGCCUGUUGGAUCACAAGGGCCACAAGGUCGCCAAGGGGACACGGGAUUACCUGGAACGCCGGGAACUCCGGGCCACAAAGGAGACAUAGGACCUCCUGGACUCCCCGGAAUACGAGGAGAAAAGGGCGAGCAGGGUGAAACCGGUCACGAUGGCCCCAUAGGACCGCAGGGACGAGAAGGUCAAAGGGGGUCUCCGGGACCUGGGGGCCAAAAGGGAGAGAUCGGUGAACCAGGACCACCAGGUGCAAUCGGCAGAGACGGUCCACCUGGUCCGAGGGGCUUCGGCGGCUCGCCGGGACCAGUCGGGGCCCCGGGUGAAGACGGCGACAAAGGCGAAGCGGGUCCUCCCGGCGAAAAAGGAUUUAAAGGCGCCGCUGGCGAACCGGGACCCCAAGGCUCCCCAGGUAUACAAGGUUUACGCGGGGAACCCGGGUCCGUGGGUUUACCUGGGGAAAAGGGGCCGCAGGGCGAAUCAGGGCCGCCUGGAACCCCCGGCGCGGAUGGAGUGCGAGGACCUCCGGGCCCGCCAGGCUCACCCGGUCUUCAAGGGGAAAAAGGGCAGCAAGGAUUCAAAGGCGAUAGGGGAGAUGUUGGACCUAAAGGACCUACCGGACUUCCGGGCCCGAUUGGUUUACAAGGACUGCGUGGCUCCAAAGGUGUACCAGGUGAACCGGGGUCUCGGGGUGCUGAGGGGCAACGUGGGGAAGUCGGGAACCCUGGUGCCCAGGGACCGCCGGGACCACCCGGCCCUGAAGGAAAACUGGGUCCCAGAGGCCUCGCUGGACCAAAGGGAGACGACGGUCCGGUAGGACUGCAAGGAGAAACAGGACCAAAAGGGCCAAUGGGCCCUGACGGCCCUAAAGGAGACACCGGCCCGGCAGGGUUCCCAGGUGAAAGAGGCGAGCCGGGCGAACAAGGCAUCAAGGGCGAAGUGGGGGCCGACGGUCCUGAAGGCAGCCCUGGCCCCCCCGGCCCUCCCGGGCCUAUUGGUCUCGUAGGAAAACCAGGAGAAAUUGGCUUACCAGGCAAACCAGGCGCAGAAGGCAAAGCUGGCGCCCAGGGCAGCCCGGGAGUACCAGGCGACAAAGGCGAUCGCGGGCUGCCCGGGCCGGCGGGAGAAACGGGACCAGCCGGUCCCCCCGGCCCCCCAGGAGAAGAGGGCCAGCGUGGUAUGCGGGGGUUACCAGGACCUAACGGUGAAGUAGGAGCACCGGGAACUACUGGUCCGGAAGGCCCAGCAGGGAAGAUCGGGCCGCCAGGACCACAAGGGCCACGCGGAGAGAAAGGAAACACGGGGCCCAAGGGCCACAUGGGCGACACCGGGCCAAUGGGCUUAAAGGGCGAUCAGGGUGACAUCGGGAAGAAAGGACCGCCGGGGCCGACUGGGCCUUUGGGACCUAAGGGAGAUAUGGGUCUCGAAGGACCUCAAGGAGCAAAAGGAGAACCAGGACCAGCGGGUCCUGCAGGUCCAGAAGGGCCUCUCGGUCCCAAGGGUUCGCCGGGCCCUGAAGGCAGGCCGGGCCAGCCCGGGCCGCCGGGGUCUCCAGGUCCACCCGGCCCGCCGGCGCCCCCGCCGCAGCUGCCCGCCGAACUGUUCGUGUCGUCGCGACGAAGACGCAGCGUCGAGGAUGAUGAGUCGACCACAGAUGCGGAUAUUGAAGAUGAAGACAUCGACUGGGCCAAAGAGAUAAUGAACGGUGUGCUGGCCGCCCGCACGGCGUUGGACGCGGCGCGGCGGCCGCGCGGGUCGCGUGGAAACCCCGCGCUCAGUUGCAGGGACCUGCGGGUCACACAUCCUAACGCUACUGACGGAUAUUACUGGAUCGACGCGCGCGGCGGCAGUCAUCCGGUGCGCGUGUACUGCAGGGGUUUCUACACCUGCCUCUAUCCCGACGCCAAGGAACCCGCCACGUACUAUUACGCUUAUGGAUCUGCGCAAAAAUUUUCACAACUCGACCAUGGGUACCGGAUAACGUACGAGGGAGAGGGUACUGGCUCUAUACAAAUGAGAUUCCUGAGACUUCUAUCCAGCGGAGCCAGGCAAAACUUUACAUACACGUGCCUCAAUACCAGAGUCGAACAAAGAUCGGACAUUCCCGCAGACUUGACACAAAUUAACAAUAUUAAACUGAUUGGUCAAAACUCAUUUGAAUUCAGAGAACCAAUAUUUCUAAAGGACGAGUGUAAGACUGGCAAGGGCGAAGUAGUAUUAGAAAUCAAGACUUCUCGGCUGGACCGGCUGCCCAUAACGGAUUUCGUACCGCGAAUGUUCACGGACGCCGAACACGACUUCUCGUUCGCCCCGGGGCCGGUGUGCUUCAAGUAGCGAGGACUGCUUUACUAUGUACUUAAGAACCUUUGUAAAUAUUGUAAAUAAAUUAUUGUGACGACUGA